AUUCCCUCAAAUAGGAGUCCUGGGCCCUUUCAGGAAAUUCCCUCUGCAAACUGGGAGCCAGUGUAGACAGCAGAACUCUGAUGGCUUCACCAGUGAGUCCAGGAUCCUGGACAUACAGAGGGCUGAGAGGGCUGUGGUAACUCAAAAUGCAGAAAGGCUGUGUGCUGCAGAGAAAGCCAGAACUGAUGCUGUUCUGGGGAGACUGGGACUCUCCACUCAGGAAGUCAGCCAGCCUUCACCCAGACCACAGGCUUUUCCCAGAGGAAGCAUAAAAUCUAAUGGGAGGAGAAUCAGAUCCAUGGCAGAUGUUCCUCUGGAGAACAUCGAAAGAAACCAGAAGAGGCCUGAAAGUUUGGAUGAAGAGGAUUUCUUCUGGGACAAGGUUCUUCUUGGUAGCCAGAAGGCUGUCCCUCGAUGUGAGACACACAGAGACAGGAACCAAACUGCUUCCAUUAGUUCUGUGCUCAGCCCCAGCCCUGUAGAUACUCACACACCCAGUGAGCUGAGGGACAUUUGUUUCAUUGAGGAUACUUUCAGACUGACUCCUCCUCCUCCUCCUCGAGCAGGUCCACUGUCCAGGGGCAGAAUGUCUCGUCUGCCUGUGUUUUCUGCCAAACUCAGUGGAACAGACAAAGGGGUAGCUGAUGGAUUUAGGCUCCAAUCGGCUAAAAAUAAAAUCGAGGCUAUUGAGGAAAAACUGCAGCACUUAAAGCUAAACUACGUCGCUUCACCACUGCCCCCAACGACCCCAAAGAUGACCCCUGCAAUGGCUCCAAAGAAGCACUCUGAGGUGCCUCCUUUAGCCCCAACCCCUCCAACAGUUUCCAAAACCAAGAAAAGAGCAACUGGUCCUGGGCUGGUCCUGCACCGUGCAGAAGGUGUCAGUGAAGCUGGCAGGAAGGCGGCCAGCGACCGCAGGCUCCAGGCAGCAAAUGAUAAAAAACUAAAAAAGAUUGAGCUGCAGCCAUUGACCAACCCUAUGGAAAGCCUGUCUGCCUGCUUGGAGCCGCUCCCUUCAGAUGACUGGAUGCAGAAAAUAAAUGACUUGAAAACAAUUCAAGCUCUGGCACAGCACCACUCAAAGACCCUGAAGCCCAAACUCCAUGAAGUGUGUCUGGUUGUCAUCGAGCAGGUAAAUAACCUUCGCUCAGCAGUGGCCUGUGCAGCUAUGAACACCUUGGCUGAGCUAUAUGUGAACAUGCAGAAGGCCAUGGACCCGGAGGUUGAGGGAACAGGCCGAGUUCUGCUUUUGAAACUGGCACAAACUACAAACGCCUUUAUUCAUCAGCAGACCAAUCUUGCACUUGAUGCCAUGGUGGAAAACUGCAGCCACGGUCGUAUCGUGAGCACUCUGCUGAACGUAGGGCUCAACCACCGUUCUGUCACAGUCAGAGGAAGCACAGCGCAACACCUGCACCAGCUGGCUGACAGACUAACCGCAGCUCACAUCUUGACAGCAGGAAGAAGCUUCACCGAGCGCUUCCUUAUUGCCGUCUCUAAAAUGUGUGUGGAUGCUGCACCUGAAGUGAGGCACCACGGAAAAAUUCUCCUCCAAGAACUGGCUCUCAACAAGGACUUUCUGACCCUGUGGACAAAGAUCGUUCCAGAAAAAGAAAGGCGAUCACUGGAUAAGAUCUUCAAGAAGGCCAAGCUUUAAAAAAAAGAAAAAAAAAGCUAAGUAGUAAUAAACAUAAAUUGCUAAAGCACUAAGUCUACAGUUUCAUCAGAAUAAUAAUCAGUUUGCUAUUUGGGAAAACAAAGAACACUAUGAGCAUUUGGAAAUAUAUUUACCAGAAUGGAUUAUAUAUCAAUAUUACAUCAAUUUGAUUCUUUGAAGGCACAAAAAUUGCAUUGCCCAAUUUAAUGUGAUUUCAGGUACAAACCAAGGCCACUUCUGGUCUUUUAUCUGAAUACAUGUAGCAACCAAUAACAGAUCAUUUUCAGAACAUUGUGUAACAAAUUUGCAGUGUUGGAAAAAAAUAUUCU